AUGCAUCCCAUCGUUCUUCUCUUUGUCAUUUCUCUGCUUCACGCAUAUGAAGCCCGAGGCUCUUACACUGGGACUCCUGUAUUUGUGCAGAAGGGGAAGGAUCUGCUUCUACACGUCACGGCUCCUGUUAAAUUAUUUAAACGGAGUGAAUUUAAAUGGCAAUUUAAUGAUUCAAUCAUACUAAGAUUAUUUCCUGAUAACGAAACAAAAAUAAUUGACCCCUAUCAUGGAAGGGUCGAAUUUUUUCUCCAAAAUUACUCCUUUCUUUUGAAGAAUGUGCAACAAGCCGACAGUGGAAGUUACACUGCAGCUGUUUUCGGGAAUGAUAUCACUUAUGUGGGUAAAUACAGCGUCACAGUUCAAGAUCCAGUGUCUCUGGUUAAUGGUACAGUGGACUUUCUCUCCUCCAGCUCCAACUCCUGUAACCUCACAGUGACCUGCAGCACACAGGACUCCCAUCGCAUCAACAGCACUUUUAGAUGUGACAACAACACCUGCAGCCAGGAGGACGGAGAAGAGAGGUCAAAGGUCACAACAUCUGGCUCCUCCCUCCGUGUCUACCUGUCCGAAACCUUCUCAGUUAUCUGUAGCCAUAGCAACCAGGUCAGCUCGGACGAGGACAUAACAAUGAUUAGAGACUUUUGUUUCUUAAAUCCCGGUAAGUGCCCGACAACACAAGCAGCUGAUAACUUUGUUUUAUAGAUUUUAUUAUUGACUUAACACAACCAUGUUUCUAUGUAUCAUACUGUGAGGCAUCUUGAUUCAUCUGAUAUUGGUUUUCUGGUAGUUUUCAGAGCCUGAUUGGUGGUUUAGGUCGUUGUGCUUUCGCCGGACACGCCCCCAAACACCUGAAUGACCAGUUGACAUUAGACUUUCUACAA